GGAGUGCGGGAGGAAAGUCCCGCCUGCUGGUGCCGGUGUGUUUGAGUCAGGUCAGAGAUGGAUGCUGCUGUCGCUUUUCGCGGGAUUGUUGCCUCGGUUCUGUCGGUUCUGCUGCUACUGAGCUCCGGCUGCGGCGCCAAAGAACCGGAACUCAACCACGUGACGUGCGGCUCCCUGGUGAAGCUGCUGAACACGCGCCAUAACGUCCGGCUGCAUUCACACGACGUCAAGUAUGGUUCAGGCAGCGGGCAGCAGUCUGUAACCGGGGUGGAGACCGCCGAGGACGCCAACAGUUACUGGCAGAUCCGGGGGAAACCGGACCGUCCGUGUCAGCGCGGGUCGCCCAUCAAGUGCGGCCAGGCCGUCCGCAUCACGCACAUGAAGACGGGCCGGAACCUCCACUCCCAUCAUUUCAGUUCCCCGCUGUCCAACAACCAGGAGGUCAGCGCCUUUGGCGAGAACGGCCAGGGCGACGACCUGGACGUGUGGACGGUCCAGUGCGACGGCGUGCUGUGGGAGCGAGACGAGGCGGUGCGGUUCAAGCACGUGGGCACCGAGGUGUUCCUGAGCGUCACGGGCGAGCAGUACGGACACCCCAUCCGAGGCCAGCGCGAGGUGCACGGCAUGAGCUCCCCCACCCAGCACAGCUGGUGGCGCACCAUGGAGGGGGUCUUCAUCCAGCCCAGCAUGGAGCCGCUGCGCCACGACGAGCUCUGACCUCAGCGCCAGGCGCCGCGCUCCCGGAUGUAAAUACAAACUGCUGACGCCACGCCUUCCUCGGCGUGGGGGGGUGGGGGUUAUGGUAGGCGAAUUUUGGUUGUUUUAUGAACUUAAGGAUGACGGAAGGAGCCGCCCCCGCUUCACAUUGAUUGCACCGUCCUGCAGGGGGCGCCACGCUGCCUCGCCGUCCUCGGCUGCUGUCUGUCAAACAGGCUUUUAGGGUCCCGUUUGCAGGUUUUUUGGAUCAUCAGAAGCAGUUCUGCGCCCCCCCUCAGUGACCCCUCCCGUGCAGCUCAGACUGCAGCAGCCGCUGGGCUCAGACUCCGCCUCCUCUCAACUCUCUGCUGACCUUUUUGAACUGAAGUGAAGAUUUUUUUCUUUUUUUUGCAUAAAUGUUCACCCCCUUCAGCUCUCAGGCAUAAAAACUACACUUCCCAGGAUGCAACUUCCCACCCGUCACGGUUUGGUCGGUCUUACUGGUUCAUUUCUGUUUGUCAGUAGAUGUUGGCGUUUGUAGAAUGAGGGUGGGGCUGUUUUUAUUUCAGGGAGCAACAAUAAAUGUUUGUGUCAGUCAUU